CCUUCACCAACAUUCGCUCUACGACCAGCCACUCGCCACACUCAGGUUCAGCGGUGGAAAAUCACAGCCAUCCUGACCCCCUAUACAACUCUUCAUCGGUGUUUCCAUCCCGAACCUCCCAACAUGGCCACAGACACCCCCUCAGUCCGGAUCCUCCCUCCCCUCGACCCCUCCGCGGGGCACGUCUUCAUCGAGCCCACCAAACGCAUCCACGAGCACAGCGACGUGCCCGAGUUCCUGUGCUCCAAGGCCUACGUGGACAUCAUGACUUUCCUGCUGCAGCUGAACCGAUCCAUGUUCCCCGCCAAGCUGUCGGACGGGCGCGUCCAGCCCUGGCCCUUGAACUCCGACGCGGUCGAAUACUCGGCCCCCGUUCGCCAGCUGCAGCUGCUGCUCUCCAGGCUGGAGGCCAUCCUCGAGGAGGCCCUGCCGGACACGGGCCCCCGUCGCUUUGGCAACAUCAGCUUCCGCAGGUGGUACGAGAUUGUCGAGAGUCGCGCCUCCAGCCUGCUGGAGGAGUGUCUGUCGCCAGACGUCCUACACAGAAAGUCGUCCGACGAGGGACCAACGGCGGAGGCGGAGCUCAAGGCGUACUUCCUGGGGAGCUGGGGGAGCCCGCAGAGACUGGACUACGGGACGGGGCAUGAGCUGAGCUUCCUGGCGUUCUUGGCGGGCAUCUGGAAGCUGAGUGGGUUCCCGAAGAGCAGCCCGGGGGUCGAGGAGAGGGCGCUUGUUCUGGGCGUGGUGCAGCCGUACCUCGAGCUCGUGCGCACCAUCAUCAAGACCUACACCCUGGAGCCGGCGGGCUCCCACGGCGUCUGGGGAUUGGACGACCACUCUUUCGUCCCCUACAUUUUUGGGUCGGCCCAGUUCGCCCCCGCGCUGUCCGAGUUGGACCGCGUGCCGGAGGAGGGCUCCCUGCCUGAUGCGCCGGACCCAAACGGGGUGGCAAAGGCCAACGUCGUGGAGCGGGAACGGCGGGGCAACCUGUACUUCUCUGCCAUCGGGUUCAUCUACGACGUGAAGAAGGGGCCGUUCUGGGAGCACAGCCCCAUGCUCUAUGACAUUUCGGGCAUCCGGACCGGCUGGGCCAAGAUCAACAAAGGCAUGAUCAAGAUGUACAACGCGGAAGUGCUGUCCAAGUUCCCGGUGGUGCAACAUUUCCCGUUUGGCUCCCUGUUCAGCUGGGACCGCGACCCUAAUGCGGUGCCACCCCCGACAACUGCCCACAGCACCUCGGGGCCCCAGUCUCGACCAACCGACGCACAGGCACCGGGAACCAAAGCCCCUUGGGCAACGUCUCCAGCCGUGCCGUCGCCAGGCGGCACCGCGGCGCCCUGGGCCAGAGGUCCAGCCAGCGGGCCGGCCCUGCCUGACACCUCGCGGUUACCCCCUGGACCGAUGGCGCCUACGAGAGCCCCGUGGGGACCGGGGGACAUGGACCCCAGGGAGGGGACCAAGGCCCCGUGGGCCAAAUGAAGUCCUUUUUGACGCAAUCACGCUGUACCUAUACUAUACCCUUUGCAUAUCCGUUUGCAUCCACGAUGCAGAAAAGCAUGAGAUGGCU